AUGUACCUCAGCCACCUCGACGAAGCAGGCCUCCUCACGCGGUCGACGUUCCGGAGCCGCCUGGAGGACUUCGGUGCGGCGACGCGGCGGGACUCCACCGCAAAGGCCGUGCUGACUGGCUCGCAGGAGCUGAGUGCGCUGAGCUCCCGCGAGAGCACGAAGGACCGGCUGGCCCGCGAGGGCGCGGAGAGGCGGAAGGGCUCGAAGGAGCCGGCGGGCUCGAAGGAGAAGGCGGGCCCGAGGGAGCCGAGCGGCUCGAUGGAGCAGACGGGCUCGAAGGAGCGAGCCCGCCUGAAGAAGGCGCGGCCCGGCCCGAAGGGCUCGAAGGACUGA